AUGGAAGAAAUACAAAAAGGAACGCGCAUAGGGCCGCUGCCUGGGGGUCGCCGGGGCGCGUCUGGAGCUGGCGCUGGACGCGGCAGCAUGCGGGCCGCCAGCCGAGCGCGAGGAGCUGCACGAUCACCUAGCAGCCCCUCGCAUCCAUCAUCCCCACCAGAAGGCUUGGUGUCGGCUGGGUCUUCUCGGACCCAGCAAGCGGCACCCGCCGCUGGUGGAGCACGUCGCAUGCGUUGGACAAAAUCCAUGAACGAAAACGCAUUGCGGGCGUACUAUAGGGCGAAAGGGAAAGAAACUGUGGGAAUAGCGUAUAGGUCUCGGAUGCAUUGCUUUUUUGCUGAGCUGGAGCCGUCUAUCCCCGUCACGGAACAAAACCUGGCAGACCGAGUUCGGUACAUCAUGCGCUCGAAAAUAUUUGAUGAUGCCGAACUCGAACGACUACGACGUGAGGCUAUUCCGUCGUCGAAUGAGUCGGCUAUGGCUGGAGAUGCAGCUCCACAUUCGACAGACCAGCAUCCACACGUGGAAGCCGCCAUGGAUCUUCCAGUUGUGGUUGAUUCGAACGACGAUGAAAUAGUCUCCCACGAACUAGAGCAAAUGAGGAGUAUAUUGGAAGAGGCGAUUUUGGAAACGCGCAGCACCCCUCUCGAAAAUCGACCGCGACUUCCCCCGCAUACCCUUAAGCAAGCGAAAUCGGGCUGUCGUGAGGGCUCUUAA